UCGUUGGUUGAUGAAAUUAUCCGAAUGGAGCCCAAGUAUAGGUGUAGAAUUUGCCUCGACUACACCAACAAUUGUUCAUCGUUGUUCGCCAAAAACAAUGGGACCAGUAUCGCACAGAUGGUAAAGUUCUGUGCCGGUGUGCAGAUUACCGAAGAGGAUGAUUUGCCACGCUAUGUCUGUACGAACUGCAGCGAAGAAACGACAUUUGCUUACAUGUUUGUGAAUAAAUGUCGAAAAUCGGAUGCAGAACUACGAACUCAACAGAUACUUGGACCUCAUGAGAAGAACAUUUCUGGCAGGCAAAGUGAAUGUUUGGAAACCGUGGUUCAGCGGGAGGUACGAUCGGACGGUGUUGAUGAAGCUGGUGAGCUGAGUGUGGAGUUUUACGACAUUGAAUUAUUGGACGAUACUGUCGAUGGAGCAUCUUUGCACAGUUGGCCCGACCAUCCUAGGGACGAUGAAUCGACAGAGACCAACAAUGAAGUGGAGCCGGAAGAAUGGGUACUCCUUGAAGAAGAGGUCCUAUGUGAAAGCGAAGACGAAGAAACAGAGCUACCUUGUAACGUACUGGACGAGAGUAGUACAGAACAACACGAUAAGUGUACGAACCGGAUAGAUUACUCUGACCGAAGCGAUGAUUCAAUAUAUUUCUGCUGCAACACUGAUUGUACAUCAACGUUCACCUCAAAACCAAAGCUCAUCGAACACUUUCAAUCGCUGCAUGGGGAAAACGAGUCAGAGAGCGAAUGUGCAAGCGAAACUUCUUGUAAUCGGUGCAGAAACUGCAGCCAAUCGUUUCGAUCAGUGGAUGAACUAAAACGCCACGAAAACAGGCUUCAACUUAAGCAGGCCGCUCUCUGUCGGCGACAGUUCGGGCGACCCAAACUCUAUCCCAGCAUAUUCGAUGCGUCCGAGAAGAUUUGCUGCGGAUGCUUUGAACGUUUCCCCACGACGGAGGAACUGCUCGCACACAGUGAAACAACCCAUGCCAUCCGCAAAACGGCCAUCGAUCCAGACCGUCCUGCUCAGUGCCAGAUAUGCUACAAACUGUUUCGCUCCGAGUCGCACGUACGAACGCAUCUAAUUUCCGUAUAUAAAUCGCGCAAGUUUCGGUGCACCGAUUGUGACGCACGCUACACGACCGCAUCGAAACUGGCGCACCAUCGACUUGUUCAGCACGCGGGUCACCGGAAGUACGUGUGUGAGCAAUGUGGAGUCGGCCUAAAGUCGGAGCAUAAUCUCAAAAUGCACAGCCUACUGCACCGGGAAAAGCGUGAAGUGUGCAAAACAUGUGGAUUACGUUUUCACCGGAAAUCAAACCUGAAGGUACACCAGCGCAUACACGCGGACACCUUCUACUACGCGUGUACGCACUGUCCGAAGCAGAUGAAGACGAUGUCGCAGCUCAAGGAACACGUGAAGGUGCAUACCAAGGAAAAACCGUACGCGUGCCGGUACUGUGAUAAACGAUUUCGGUACUGCACCGAUCGCACCAGGCACGAAAUGGUACACACGGGGAAUUAUCCUUUCGAGUGUAGCGGGUGUUCGAAAAAGUUUGCUCGCAGCUUCUCCUACUAUCGGCAUCGAAACAAGUGCGGGGAAAGUAACGGAGUGUCCUACAGUAGAUCAACAGCAUUAGACAACGAUACGUAGGAGGAAAACCGCAACCGCACGACGUUAUAUUAUUAGAACAACUUGUAUUUCGCAUUAAACGAUAUUUUCCAUUUUAUUGAUCUCUCCGUUAUGUGUGUCUAAAUAAUUUCAAAAAUAAUUCAAUAACAUUUAUGUAUACUUGUUAUAAUAUAUAGUAAAUCUAAUGCUCUACUUCUCUUCUUCCAAUCGCCAUCGCUAUUUUAUCGUCCAUACGGCUUUUUUUUAUGCAUCAUUGAUGUGUAUAUUAAAAUUAAUAAAUAUUUUUUCUGGUUUCCAUCAACACACGCUUUCGUUUUCUUUGUGGAUCGUUUCUUUCUCGUUUCUUUUGUCUGUCUUCCUCUUCUGCGGCAGCAGGACAGCAUGUUUUUACGGUACG